AUGUCUGAGGCACCAAAUAGCUCUCCCAUAUUGAAGAGUGACUCUUCCAGCUUGAGGAGGACCUCCCUGGUGACCCCAAACAAGCCUAGAAUUGUAUCCCCGCCUCCUACAUCCGAAGCUCCUACUAGCUCUCCCAUACUGAGGAGUAGCUCCUCCGACUUAGAGAGUAGCCCUAUCCCAAUGGUUAGCUCCCACGUCCCAGGUAGCAGCUCCUCCAUCCUAAUGAGUGGCUCCCCCAUUCUGAAGAGUGGCCCCAUCCAGAGCAGUAGCCCGCACACCACUCAUACUUCUCCCCUCACGACCACUGUGCCCAGUGAGGGUGGCCCCACUUCAGCUACCAAACACAGUCCUCGCAAGCGCCCACAUCAAUACAGCUUACUUGAAGAUGAUGAACUUGAGGAUGAUGGGUACUUUCCCACCAAGAGAUCCAAGAUGUUGUUCACAUCAUUCACUUGUAAUCGCCCUGCUGAUAGUGCAGUCUAUUUCACGGAACGCAUGCUUGAGCUUUCUCGUGUCAGUCGCCGGACCUUCGCCGCAAAGAUGGAGUAUCAGCGCCUACGCACCGAAGAACUGUCACUGAUAACGGCCAUUGUGCAUGAUGAACUCGAAGAGUCCAAGGGCCAUAUGACUCAAACUGAUUUGCAAAUCGGUUCACUUCGAAACGAACUGUAUGACGCAGGGGUGGCAGUGAUAGGAAGCAAAGGGAGACCCGGAAACCAAGUACAGAAGGAGGUUGAAUUUGGCAGGUUGUUCCCCGGCCAUGGUGACCACGAGGCUGAUGACAGCAGUGACUCCUAUGAUGCUUCACACAGUGAUAUGGUUUCCGAAUUGUUGGAAUGUCACGGUGCCAGGGCGGUUCAGGUCGUGGGCGCGGACGCGGAUGCAAAGUACUUCUCAUUUCUCAUUCCUUAUUUCCGUACCCACAACUAUUAUUCUAAGACAGACAGAGAUGCUACCGACACUCUUCUAGAACACCAGUCCCGCCAAUGGUCCUCACAACUCCCAUCCCAGGAACGUUUACGCCCUUAUUCAAUCCCAUCGUCACGCACCACCAGCCAUUGCACAUCAAGGGGGUCAGGAAGCACCUAUGGUGUUGAUGGCAACGAGCGCCCACUGGCGGAACGUGCUAGACGGAGCUCCAAGAUGGAACUCAAACCCACCGACAUGAAGUACUACAGCGAGGCGGAUCAAAAAAACAUCAAGCAUGCUCGUAAACUCAUCAUUCUCGAUAUGCUCCUGGAGAGCGGGUGGCAGAAGACUAGCGACCUUGGUUCCAUCGCUGCAGAGUGUAUCUCACAGGCAUCUGACACGUCUGGCCAUGUCACCGAGUGCACGGACAGCAUCAACAAACUCAUUUUCGAUGGAUUAUCAACUAUCAGAGGAAAGCUCGUUAACGAGGCUGAACGAGUCCUAUCAUGCCUGAAAAUAUACCUGUCCGACGAUAGUGCAAUGAACGAUGACGAAAGAAGCAACCAUAUUAAACAGCACACGAUGCUGUUAACUGACGACACGAACCUUUCGGAACUUCUGGUUCGGACGCAACUCACAUUCCUCGAUCCGCAGUCGAGAGCAUUAAUCUUACACAUUUCAUGGCCUAUGUAUUCACUGACGGGCGCUGCAAUUAUAUGUGUCAUCCGCCGGGCUUCGGAAGGUCGACUAUCGAAGACGAAGAACGUGCUUCAAUUCUCGAUGGAAGAAUUCUCGGGGGUCGCGGAAGGAAUCCGCAAAGCGAUGAUGGAAUAUGCUGCUAAGCCCGAGCUUGACGAGUAUGAAUUCAUGCCGCGCAUGCAGGCACAUCACGACAAAUGCCUGAAAGCUACGGAUACGCACAGGAGAAAUGUUGCCAACGAAAAAUACAAUGAGUUAUGUUGCUGCUACGACUACUGAGCUAUACCAGCGCCCUUGCCCUGCACCCACCUCCACCUCCUCCUCGAGUUCGUUACCAUCGUCUACCUUUGAUUAUGGUCACCUUCCAGUCGCGUCAUCGUCAUCGUCAUCUGGCACUUCGUGGUACCCCCGUGAAGAUGAGCAUGAUCCUGUUGCUGCGAAGUCGCCACUGAUGACGCCGUUCCAAUAUUACCCACCACACUACUCACCUCCUGAGCCCCCAUACCAGCCGCACUGGAAUGCAAACUCCAGUGGUGAUGCUGUACAACCUGACGAGCAACAGCUCGUCACCGACAAUCCGUCAACGUUUCCGCACGUCAGUGAUCAGUAUUCAUUCGGGAGUUCGAGUUGGGGUGGGGCGCCUGGUACAGGCUGGGGCGGCCCCAUGGCAUAAUACUGUUUUCAUAGUCGCGCUGUUGUUAUACUAGUAGAUCUUAUCAUUUGAAC